GAGAUGGAAAAAAAUGACAGGCCAGGCACAGGGGAGGAGGUGGAGGCGGUAGCUCAGAAAGAUGCCGAGGAUAUUGAUGGAAAGCGAAUGCAACGUUUAAAACAGAGUCUUGAUCUUAGUCUGGAGAAAUUUUAUUCGUCUAUAAAAUUUUCCUUGUUCAAGGAGCAGUUGCGACCAUUGUAUGAGCAUCAGCCACAAGCUUUGAAAAAGAUGCAUGCACAGCUACUGGCACAACUUAAAUCCAAUGUUUCUGAGGAAAUUACCUGGAUGCUGAAAGAAGAGAAUAUUGGUAAAUUGUUAAAUGGUUUAAAUGAUCAAAUUGAUGAAAACCCAGAAAAAGGAAAGAAAGGAUGGCGACCAUCUGGCAAUGCUGCUCAGGAUGUACUUGCUCACACUGCCCCAUACAAACUGAGGGAGAAAGAACGCUUACAGGGAAUUUUAUCAGAUCUUCAGUCCCAGAAUAAACUUCUUAAGGAUGCACUCCGUGCCAGACAGACAAAACUACAGCAUACACAGCAGAGAGUAGAACAGAAGGCGCAGCACUGGAAACAGAUUGACGAGAUGGCUGACAGAUUUGAUAUAGACGAAGCAAAAAAAUUUCUUGUGAAAUAUUCAAAUUAUUCAUGUAUAAGAUGAUUAGAAAAUGAUGUUUCAAAAUAUUUAAAAUGUAUUGUUUAUUCCAACAAAAAUGGUUCUACGUUUUGAUUGACUUUUCUGUUCACAAUAUAAUGCCAAAGAAAUGUUGGCAGCUUUAUGCAGUGAUAUAUUAAUUUUGUUCUGGCUCUGUCAGAUAGGUUAAGUACUUGAGCCUUUAGUAUGUGUGUUUGUCUGACUUACUGAAGCUAACAACAGGUAAACUUGAAUUGUGUAAAAAGAUAUCAGAGUUUAUGUACCAUAUAUAUAAUAUGUUGUGUGUUUUUCAGUAUGUGGGAUAGGAACAAGUUGAACUGACUUGAAAAUGUUGUUUUAAAAGUUCAUGUACACCUUGCUAAAUGUUUUGUAUUACUUUAACAUUUACAUUAUGUGUAUAAAGUACACAUUUUAUUUCAAAUACAUGUAUCUUAAAAAAUAAAGCAGAUGACAAAUGCAUA